AUGAGGGGGUUGUUGGACGCGCCGAUGACCAGUGCUGUGAACAUUCAAAAUGCUUCGGGUGCGAAUCGCGUCACGCCGCAUCCAAUCCAGCCGACGGGGGAUCAAGCGGGGCCUUGGAUGGGUCAGAACUUCCUUUUCAAGGACCCAACUUUUGUAAAAUAUUUGGACAAUUACGACUACAAGUUCUGCGACGAUGCUUCGAAGUAUGAGAAGUUGGCGAAAAUUGGUCAAGGAACAUUCGGAGAAGUUUUCAAGGCAAAGAACAAGCAGACGAAGCUAACAGUUGCUUUAAAGAAGGUUCUCAUGGAAAAUGAGAAGGAAGGCUUCCCGAUUACUGCGUUGCGGGAGUUGAAGAUUCUUCAGCUGUUGGACCACGAGAACGUGGUGAAUCUCAUCGAAAUCUGUCGCACAAAAGCGACCCAGUUCAACCGAUACAAAAGCACGUUCUUCCUGGUGUUCGAGUUUUGCGAACACGAUCUCGCCGGUCUGCUGUCCAACGUAAACGUCAAAUUCAACUUGGGGGAGAUCAAGAAGGUCAUGCAGCAGUUGCUCAACGGUCUUUAUUUCAUUCAUAGCAACAAGAUUUUGCAUCGGGACAUGAAAGCAGCUAACAUCUUGAUAACCAAGAAGGGUAUUCUCAAGCUGGCCGAUUUCGGUUUGGCCAGGCCUUUCUCUAUGGGACAGAAGAACCGAUACACGAACCGUGUAGUGACCCUUUGGUACAGACCGCCCGAGUUGUUGCUAGGUGAUCGAGAUUACGGCCCGCCUGUGGACUUGUGGGGGGCUGGGUGUAUCAUGGCAGAGAUGUGGACGAGAAGUCCCAUCAUGCAAGGAAACACGGAGCAACAUCAGUUGAACCUCAUUGUUCACCUCUGCGGCAGUAUCACGCCGGAAGUGUGGCCUAACGUGGAGUCCCUCGAAUUGUACUCAACCAUGGAAAUCCCGAAAGGUCAAAAGCGCAAAGUCAGGGAUCGUCUGCGCAACUUCGUCAAAGAUCACAACGCCCUCGAGUUGCUCGAUAAGCUCCUGACUCUGGACCCUGCCAAGCGAAUCAAUGCGGAUGCUUCUUUGGGACACGAUUUUUUUUGGCAAGACCCGCUGCCGCAGGACCUGGAGAACAUGCUGAAGCAGCACACGCAAAGCAUGUUUGAGUACUACACACCGCCGCGACGUCCACGCGGACAUCAGCAGCCGCCACAUCAACACCAGCAGCCGCAUUCGCAUGGACACCACCCGCCGCAUGGGCACCAUCAUGGGCCGAGGCAUCCCCAUCCGCCGCAUGCCCGUGGUGCCCCGCACCCACAACAACAGCCCAUGGAAGGGUUUCACGAACGGGUUUUCUAAAUGGCCUUGUGAUGCUAGAGGAGGCGUGUCUCUACCUCCUGUCCGUUCGCGGCUUGUCUCCACAGUGCUUGAAGAUUUUGUUGUUGUUUGAAAUUUGAAUUGGAUUAUUAAGGUCUGAAAAUGCCAUCGGAAUAAACUGUGUAAUCUUUG